CGCACGGGGAGUCCAUCUAAAAUCAUAAGACUAUAACCUCGUCCAAUUCGCUAUCCUGCUAAUAGCCUCCCGAUGGCCGAGAAACGGAGACUUUCCGCCCGCGAACGCCGCGAACCUGCGGCGAAGCGACGGGUGUCCGAAGCCGCGCCUCGAUCUUCUCCUCAACCUCAACAAUCCUCUAAACGAAAGGCUUCAACGCCUGUUGUUGCUCCGGCACCCCCUUCUCCACAGCCAGAAAAGAUCGAAAAUCCUCUGCCUACCAAAAUCAAGGAUGGAGAAGCUCUCCCCACCUUGCCCGCUCCGCAGCCGGACGACCUCUCGUCGGAGUAUCAGUCCAUCGCGGAAAGCGCGAUACUCCUAGCCUCCCUAGAACGAUCGAAGAAGAAAUGGCUAAGCGAUGGCAUUCUCGAACGGUACUGGACCAAGCCCAAGAAAACGAAGAGAGAGCAGAUUGAGGGCAAAAACCCACCUAAGGAAAGCAUGACCAAGGUUGGAGCUUGCAACAUUGUGGUUGGCCCGCACCUGUUCGAUGCUAUGCUGUAUACGGUGAAAGAUCCCAAUGCGCCGCCGCCGAUUCAGUAUACACCACCCCAGCGCCCAAUGGUACAUUACGGCCAUCCCAACAACUUUCAACAAUAUCAUCCGUAUCCGCAGGGUCCUACUCCUUCACAGCAGUCACGCCAGCAGCAGCAGCAACCGCCGCAGCCAAAGCAGCCAAAGCAGACAAAGCAGCAGCAACAGCAGCACCCUUCUCAUGGACCACAAGCUACUCCAGGCACACCUCAGCCGGCUUAUCCUCCUGCCAGCCAUCCACCUCCACCGCAUCCCGCUCGAACACCUAGCCAAACUCCUCACCGGACUCCCGGGCCUCAAGCAGCGCAGCGACCGUCUCCGGCACAGCAUCCUCAGCCGCAGCAGCAGCCGCUACAACCGCCGAAACCCAGCCCAGACCCAGUGAUUCAAAUGCUCGCAACUCGAGCCGCCUCCGACCCGGACCUCAAAGCCCUGAUGCGGGUGGUAGCUUCUAGCAAGGCGUCUCAGGAGCAAUUGCGUGCUUUUCAGGCUCACAUAGAUGAACUUAACGCUAUAAUCAGAGCAAGGGAGCAGCAGCAACAAAGACAGCUGCAGCAGCAACAGCAACAACGCCAGCAGCUGCAGCAACAACAGCUACAACAGAGACAACCACUACCACUUACUCCUGCUCAUCCGCAAGCCGCUCCCAGAACACAACAACCUCCCCACCAACCACAGACGCCGCAACAGACACCACAACACCCGCCUCCCCAACAACGACCUCCGCAGCAGCCAGUGCAUCCAACCCCGCAGACACAGCCUCAACCCCAACCACACCCGCGUGGCGAAGUCCAGGUCAAAUCAUCACCAACUGUAGGUCCAGCACCAGCGCAACCUGGCGCGCCAUUACAACCCCCGCAGACCCCAACACCACAAAUUGCCAAGGCACAGCAAAUCAAACAGGAGCCUGGGCCAGUCGCGCAAAUCCAGCCGGCUACACCACAGGCUCCUCACCCGCAUGUCGUACCGGGACCAGCGCCAGUUGCGGAAAUAACCAAGCAACCCACUCCAGGAGGACGUCCCGCGCCUCCGCUGCACCAGCCGCUGCAGCCGCAGCAGCAACCACAACAUCAACCGCAACAAGCUCAGACGCCGGGACCACGCUCAGGGCCUUCUCACCCGCAAUACCAGCAGCAGCCUCCGUAUCAAGGCCACCCCCCUGCAAUCCAGUCACGCCCGCCGCAAUAUGGAUCACCCACUCCAUACUAUCGCCCUACCCCGCCACCCCCGCCACCACCUCCAAGGCUCAACUACAAGUCUGUCGUCUUCGAGUUCACCUCCCCACUGACCCCUUACGGUAGCAGUACCUCCGGCCACGCAGGCUCGGGCGAUCGCUAUCUAUUCCCCGAGUACACGAUCCUGGAAUGGCUCCCCGGAGGAACCACCGUACUCGCCUCCUUCCUUCUCGUGCGUAAAGUGGACCCCAACACGCCAUUUCCCAUCGAAACCGGCAGCGAACCACCGUCAAGGGCCAAAGGCAAAUCCGGCUCUAAAUCCAAGUCCAAGAAGGCGGCGGCAGCAGCAGCAGCCGACAAGAACAAGACACCUGCGGCGGCACCCUCUCAACCAGAGAAGAAAUCAAAGGACGGAGAGAAGGAGAAGGACAAAGAGCCAGCCAAGGAGAAGGCGGAAGAGAAACCCGCUUCUUCCACAGAACCAACGCCCGCCGCUCCUCCUGCUGCAGGAGACAGUAAACCCGCAACCCCGAACCCCACCCCAACGGAGGGCGGCGGCGGCGGCAACGGCGACAAACCAGCAGCCGGCGAGCAGCAACCCCCGGACACAAAAGCCGCUGCCGCUGCGUCCACCACCACCACCACCAGCACAAAGGACAAGGACGCCACGGCGAAAGAGCCCCCCUCCGCCGCCGCCGCCGCCGCGGCCACCACGAAGGACAACACCCCCAAGGAAAAAGACGACACCAACCUGAAGGAGUACUACCAACCCGUCACGUUCCGGAUCUUCAGCAGCAACCCCAAGGUCCUCGAGCCGCUGAACCGGGUCGUCAAGCCCCCCGACGAGGUGCGCAAGUACAUGAACGAGAUCAUGGACCGCGCCGAGCGCGCCCCCGACGGGUUCCUGGCCUAUCGUCUGCCGCGCGAGGAGCAGGAGGAUGCUUCGGUAAAUAACGGAAGCAAGGAGGCGGAUGAUCCUAUUGUUGCUGGUGGUGGCCGGAAGACCGGGGGCACGCCUGUGCCGCCGGGCCAGCGGAGUCGGUUUAGCUCGCGCGGGAAUAAUAAGGUUGACUCGGAUGUUGAGCUUAGUGAGCAGCAGGGUGAGGAGGAUCAGGUGGAGGGGGAGGAGGAAGAGGAGGAAGAGGAGUUGUUGGACUUCUAUGGGCCGCCUACGGGCCUUCCGCCUUUGGGGGCUUGAAGAUUCAGCUCAGCUUUCCCCGUUGGGCACUGUUGCUGCGCCGUCGAGGUAUACUAGAGAUCAGAUGCAAGCUUUAUAUAAUUCCCCAUUCAUC